GGUGGUUGAGAUUCUCCUCUCCACAGGCAGAGGAUGACGAUCUGCUUCAGCUGCAGCAAAAGAGAGUUUAAGGGAGGGCCAGAUAUCUACAUGCGCAGCAUUCAGAGGACAUCCCGGCUCUUGAGUGUUCAGUCGUUCUCCAGACUGCACAACAAUGUGGACGUCGCCGCCAGUGCUCUCGCUCCUGUCUGUUGUAUUCUUCUAUGGAUGCAAGUGCGCUUCAGGGUUCGUCUGCCCGAGGAUCUGCCGCUGUUUCACCAACACAAUCAGAUGUAACAAUGUGACAGAAGGAUCAGCGCAGACGAUAAGCAGCAGGGAUAAAAGACUAUUUCUCUAUCACUUGCCAUUGCACACGAUCUCUAGCCAUUCUUUUGAGGGUUUGAAAAGAGUCCAGAGAAUUGAGAUUGCUCAGAGUGUGACCCUGGAAAACAUUGAGGCAUUAGCGUUUAACAACCUUCUCAACCUCUCUGAAAUCUCAAUCCAGAACACCAGGAGUCUCAUGCACAUUGGCAGAAGGACAUUUAACAACCUUCCCAAACUACAUUACUUGAGCAUCUCAAAUACUGGGAUGAAAGUUUUUCCUGAUAUUACAUCCAUCAAUUCUCUUGAAUCAGAGUUUAUCUUGGAUAUCUGUGACAACCUGUAUCUACUGGAAAUACCUCCAAAUGCUUUCGCUGGCUUGACAAAAGAAUACGUAACAAUGAACCUGUACAACAACGGCAUCAGAGAGAUACAUGACCACGCCUUCAACGGGACAAAGAUAGAUAAACUGGUAUUAAAGAAUAAUCGAAAUCUCAGAGUGAUCUACAGAGAUGCUUUCAAAGGAGCCACGGGCCCUGGAGUCUUGGACGUGUCUGCAACAGCUCUUACAAAGUUACCACCACAGGGACUGGAGUCAGUGCUGGUGUUGUUAGCUCAGUCAGCGUACGGCCUGAAGAGUCUUCCUCCUCUGCAGGGACUGUGGAGCCUACGAGAAGCCCAUCUCACCUACAACAGUCACUGCUGUGCACUGCUGAGCUGGAACACCCACAGGGACCUUCCCAUUAUUCCUGCAUGGAGUAAUGGCUCUACAUACUGUGAUGAGAGUGACCCAUCGGCAAGUGUUCAACGUGUGAUUGGAGGUUCAGCAGACACAACCCUACUUAUGGAUGUGCCGUUUUUCUCAGAUGCCGAUCUGUUUGUUGAGGAUGAAGGCUUUGGAAACGUGAAUUUCCACUAUCCAGAACUGGACUUCUGUCAGACCCGACCGACUUUGGUUUGCACGCCUGAAGCAGAUGCUUUUAAUCCCUGUGAGGACAUCGCAGGCUUCAGUUUUCUCAGAGUUGCCAUUUGGUUCAUCAACAUCCUGGCCAUCACAGGUAACCUGACGGUGCUCCUGGUCACUUUCACCAGCCGGACCAAGCUGACGGUGCCUCGCUUCCUCAUGUGCCACCUUGCUUUUGCGGACCUCUGCAUUGGGAUCUACCUUCUGAUGAUAGCUACAGUUGACUUGCGCACACAUGGCCACUACAGUCAGCAUGCUAUUGAAUGGCAGACAGGGCCUGGCUGUAGUGCUGCAGGAUUCCUGUCUGUGUUUGGUGGGGAGCUGUCAGUCUACACGCUUUCCAGCAUCACUCUGGAGCGCUGGCACACCAUCACCAAUGCUCUGCAGGUAGAGCGCCGUCUGGUACUGACACAGGCGGCAAGUAUAAUGGCAGCUGGCUGGCUCAUCUGUCUAGGGAUGGGCAUACUGCCCCUGGUUGGUGUGAGCAGUUACUCCAAAGUCAGCAUGUGCUUACCCAUGGACAUAGAGACGCCUCUGGCUCAGGUCUUCAUCAUAAUUAUCCUGCUCUUCAACGUGGCUGCCUUUGUUGUCGUGUGUGUUUGUUAUGUGCUGAUCUAUCUGGCUGUAAAGAACCCAGAGAUCCCUGGAAGAAGCGCCGACACCAAGAUUGCAAAACGCAUGGCUGUGCUCAUCUUCACAGAUUUUCUCUGCAUGGCACCCAUCUCCUUCUUUGCCAUCUCCGCUGCAUUCAAGGUUCCCCUCAUCACGGUCACGAACUCCAAGAUCCUGCUGGUCCUCUUCUUCCCCAUCAACUCCUGUGCCAACCCCUUCCUUUACGCUAUCUUCACCAAGGCUUUCAGGAAGGACGUGUAUCGGCUUAUGAGCACCUUGGGCUGCUGUAAAAACAAGGCCAGUGUUUAUCGCAUGAAGGCCUACUGCUGCGAAGACGCACUUAAGAGCAACUUGCGAUCCAAAAAUAAAAGAUCCGGUGCAGGAAUGAGGCUGGCUGAUAUGUCACAACAGAGCCAUCACCUGAAAGACGAGGGAGAGCUCACCUGAAAAAAAGAGAUUUAAAACUUUUUUAGUCUGUUAAUAGGACAGAAAGUGAGCAUGUACAACUCAUGCUGGAUUUGGAGGAAAUCGUUUGGAUAAGUAUAAGCAAAUAUUAUUUAGUGACCUCUGACAGCUCCAAUGAAUGGAAGGGAAAUCUGGUUACUCUGCUGUAGCAUUGGGUGCCUUUUCCCAUCAUGCCUGCAGUUCAACCCACUGACUCAGCCUUUUUCUCGGGAUACAUGUGGACUCGUCUAAAUGUGAAAAACACAAGUAUAACUAAUAGAACUGACGAUGGCUUAGAGUCUUGGUAAGCCAUACCAAUGUGACCACCACUCAGGACAUCAGUUCCACUUGUAGUUUUCCUGCUUGUAACCAUGAGCAGAUUAUGAGACUGUGGGACCCUGGGCACAGAUAUGCCAAAGUUCCCACCACCACUACAUAGGAGCAAGACACACAGACUUUGUGGUGGUUUUGUGUGUCUUGUUAGUUGUUAUAGAUGUUUUUGUGCCUUUGUGUCUCUUUGUGGUCAUUUUGUGUCUCCUUGCGCUCAGAUUAUAUCUCUACGAGGCAAUAUGACAUCUUUAUCGGUUGUUUUGUGAAUCUCUAUAAUCCUUCCUGGCUCUUCGAGGUUGUUUUGUGUCUCUUUGUGGUAACCUUGUGUCUUAUUUGGUCACUUUGUGUAUGUAUGUAGUCAAUUUCUGUCUCUUUGUGGUUGUUUUGCUAAUUUUUGUAAUUAUUUGGUGUCUCUUUGCAGUUCCUUUGUAUCUCUUCAUAGACUUUUUGUGUCUCUUUUUGCUCAUGUUGAGUCUCCUCCUGGUCAGCACAUGUUAAUUUGAGCGACAUUUUGCAGUUGAAGGACAGGGGUGCCUUUGGGGCCCUGGGCAUGUACCAGGUAGACCUGUUCUGUAAUCCAUCCAUGCUUGUCACAUGUCCAAAUGUCACCUGUGAAAAAGUCCUGUGGCUAGGUGGACAUCCAUUAAUAGAAAUCUGCAAGAAGGAAGCUCAAGAACAGCCACUAAAUGGACCCUCACUGUGUUUGGUUUUUGUUCUAAAUCUCAACAUUUAAAUGGACAAGAAGUCUUAAAGUGUACCAAAGAAACUGAACAUUUUAUUCCAUGAUUGUGUGAUAUGACUGAAAGCUCCAGGACAGCUACUAAAUGGACCUUGUGUUGAGACUGUUUAGUCAAAUAGGAAUCCUCUCUCAGUGUUCCUCUUCAUCUACAAGCAAUUGUUGUUAUCAGUGGUGAAAAUGGACCAAACCAUGGCUGCCUCUGUCGAUUAAUCACAUUCCUGUUAAUAAAUCAUGUAAAUUAAAUUAUUUGGUUCAUUCUGAGGUUGGAUUAAUUUGUUUUAAUCAGGAUUAUCUGUGACCAAGGUUAAAACUAGAAGCUAUGUUAGAGUUGACCACGUGGGGGAGUAGUUGGGCUGACAAUUUAAAUGCCACCAGGGUUUUUGUUUUUAUUCUGAGGGUUUUUGAGAUAAUGUUACUGAAGAUAAAAUAUAUCACCUACCGUGUCAGUCUAUGUUGUUAGGCUACAUACAUGUGCAUAAUGCUUGUUAGAAGAUAAUAUGGUAAAAUCUAUUAGGUAUAUUUUUCUGUCUAAAAGAAAGAGAAUAA